UAGCACGCGAGAUUCGCCUGGGAUAUCUCGAACGACGCCCUCUCCACGGGCGAACAGUGACGCAGGAUGGCACCGUCUCGCUUACCCCGCACCCCUGUCCCUGGCACUCGUAACCCCCACCCACCCUACGCAUGCUACACCAGCAACAACAUUCCGUCCGCUCGCAAUUCCCCUCCCAAUUGACUUUCUUUCCAUGUGCCAGCUGCCUUCCUACGACCCGCAAUGUCCGAUCUCGCCAAAGCCUUCGCGAAAACGAAGCUCAGCGCGCUCCCCUCCCCCGAGCCCCUCGCCGAAGACCCCGCCGACGCCUACGAAGACGACAGCUCCUCUGCAUCGUCCAUGAGCUCGACCGGCACCGUGAUUCCCACAAGCAACCAGCGGCCCGCCCCCGUGCUCCACUGGUCCUCCUACUUCAGUCAGGAGUUCUACCUCGAGCGGCCCGCCUCGCCGAUGUCCAGGCAUGCAAAGUUCCACGUCUACCUGACCCCGCCGGCGUCUCCCAAAGCGAACUUGCUCGUCCUGCACCAUGGCGCGGGCAGCUCGGCGCUGAGCUUCGCGCUGAUGGCGAAGGAGGUGCGGAAGCUGAUGCCGGACGUUGGCAUCCUCGCGGUCGAGGCGCGCGAGCACGGCAGCGUGGUGUGGGACGCCGAGGGCCACGUCGACGCCGACCUGUCCGUGGACGUGCUCGGCAGAGACCUCGUCGACAUGAUCCAGCUCACGGCGAGCAAGAUGGGGUGGACGGAGCUCCCGACUAUGGUGCUCAUCGGACACAGUCUGGGCGGCGCGGUGGUCACGCACGUGGCGAACAAGGGGGUCCUGGGGAGCAAGGUGCUGGGGUUUGCGGUGCUGGAUGUGGUCGAGGGGAGCGCAAUGGAGGCGCUGAAGCACAUGCAGAGUUACUUGGCGAGCAGGCCGAAGACGUUUCCCAGCUUGCCCGCGGCGAUCGAGUGGCAUAUACGGUCGAGGACGCUGCGGAAUCCGCAGUCGGCGAGGGCGAGUGUGCCCAGUUUGCUUUUGCAGACGCCGGAUGGGAAGUGGGCGUGGCGAACAGAAUUGGGCAGCACAGAGGCAUACUGGGAGAAUUGGUUCAAUGGCAUGAGCGCAAAGUUUCUGGGCGGCAAGGGCGCGAAGCUGCUUAUACUUGCGGGAACGGACAGACUGGACAAGGAGCUCAUGAUCGGACAGAUGCAAGGCAAAUUUCAGCUGCAAGUCUUUCCUGCAGCUGGGCACUUUCUCCAGGAAGAUCUCCCUGAGAAGACAGCCGAGGCGAUCGUCGAGUUCGUCAAGCGUAACGACCGUAGUACGCUGGUUCUCCCGCCAAAGGUUUCAGACCUCCUUGCACAGGGCAAGAAGGUGUGAACUGAGCCUGGCGGGCGAUAUCUAACCUAACCCUGGCCACAGGAUAUCCUUAGGAGCAGGCCUAACAUGGCACGAUUUGUUGUGUCGCAGGCUUCAAAGCUCCUCCUGUCUACCGCGUGUUGGGUAUGUGC